GACGCCACGCCCACUCGGCGCUCGGCGACCGGCCCCACGAGCGACGAGUCAAGUGUCGUUUCUCGUUCGGCAUUUGGCUCCAAAGCGACGAUGCGACCGGAAAGUUGGCGCCUGGCUUCCCUCGUCGUCGUCGUCGUCGUCGGGUUGCUGCUUCCCCACCGCGGCGACAGCUUGUCGUGUCAGAGGGCCCACGAAAGCGCCCCCGAGGCGGAGGGCUGCCCCGUCAAGACCGCCCGCCAUCCCUCCGUCAGCAAUUGCGUCAGCGUCCAGGUGCGGAUUCAACACGCAGACUUGAGUCUGGCCCCCACCAUCGAAAUCACCUCCUUGACAAAAGAGACCAUCCGGCCCGUCUUCAAAUACAAGAGAACAAGGAAAAAGAACGGCAAUGAAAUUCAAGUGCUGUGUCACGAGAGCUCCGAGCGGCCCGGGCCGCACGUCAACGCCACUUUGAGCUCGGUAAUGUCUUUCGGCCUCCAUUUUGAGCCCCUUUUCGACACGCCGACGGGUCGCCGGUACUCAGGAGGCGGGCGCUGGUCUUUCUUCCAGUGGGAGCUGCUUAUCGACUGCGUGGAGACCAAGGGCCGGCUCCCGCUCAGCGUGUCCUACAGCGCCGCGUCGGUGCGCUGCAGCCUCAACUACACUCUACCAGAGGCCGUGGCCGACUUCUCCGUGUCUGUGGAUCGCGCCUCCAAAUCCAUCAACGUGACGGUGCUGUCGGAGAGCAAAGUCCUCGCCAGGUGGUGCUACAAGCAGAGCGCCCACUACUGCGUCCAACGCCGCCCUUCCAACAUCACCGUCAUGGACCCGUCUCGGAGCCGCUGGGCCCUGCUGGGCUUCCCGUUCCUGCUUCCUUGCGUCUGCGUGCAAGUUUUUUCCACCCACGCGGACCCCCUCCGCAAGACGGCGUGUCCUCUGCAAGGCCUCCCGAUCGCCGACGCGGCGGCGGACGUGUGGCCGUCUUCCGCCGUCACGCUGUACCGGUCCAGCCUGACUUUGAGCUCGGCGUGCCCCGCCCGCGACUUCCCCGUCUCGGCGUCCCUCUGCUGGAGGCGCCACCCGGACGUCUGCGUGCCCUCGCCCGACUCCAGCCUCCUCGCGCGGGAAGACGGGACCGACCUGAUCUUUGACAUCUCCGCGGUGGAUCGACACCCUCGGAUCUGCGUGAAGUUUUCCCUGGGGGGCAGCCACAACGUCUCGUGCCCCUUCCGGGCCGAGACGCCGUCGUGGCGGGUUUCUCUCCGAGCCGGCCCGUCCAUCGACGUGGAGUCGUCGGCGGCCGCCACCUUCCGGGCUCAGGCGUGCGUGCCGAGCGCCGGGGGGUGCGCGGCCCGCGGGCCCGUCCGCGCCGUGGCGGUGGAGGCGGCGUCGGCCGGCCGGAUCCACGUGCCCCUCGGCUGGGCGGGCGAGGGAGCGUGCGUGCAGGUAACGUCGGAGCGCCGCCCGACGCCGCCCAACUUUCGCGUCUCACGGCUUGAAUUGGCGCAGGUGUGGCAGUCCUCUCCCGCCCUGAAGGGCCGAAGAAUCCUGUGCCCGCACCGUACUCGCGGCAGGCGGGGUGCGCGGGCGGCGGCGGCUUUCUUCCUCCUCGCCGCGCUGGCCUUCUCGGCCGUUCUUCUCCGCUCCCUCGUGACGAAGAGAGCGACGGCUCGGCUGUCCAUCGGCAAGCCGGUGCUGCUGGUGUGCUCGUCGUGGCGCCACGUUUCGGCCGCCCGCGCUCUGGCUUCUCUGCUCGGCGGGGAUCUGAACGCCACGGUGCACCUGGCCCUGGGCGGGGCGGGCGGCGUGGCCGACCUGGGCCCGCUGCCCUGGCUCUACGGCCGCUGGGAGGCCGUGCGGGAGGCGCGAGGAAAAGUCUUGAUCGUCUGGAGUCCCGAGGCCAACCGGACCUACGGCAAGUGGAGGCGGCGGUGGCGCGGCGACGAGGCCCACGGGCCUUCCCCGCGCCAGCCGGAGAAAGAUGGCGCCGACGAGCGGCCCGCCGACGUGUACCGGCCCUCCGCCGUCAUCCCGACCGUGUUCGAGGCUGCCCUGACGUGUCUGGAGGGGGCGCAGCGCCGGCGCCAAGGCAGAGAAGUCGCCCUGGUCUACUUCCGAGGCCUGGGCCGCAGCGGGGACAUCCCUCGGAGCUUCCGGAACCUCCCUCGCUACGGCCUCCCGCGGGACUUGGCCCGCCUCGUCCGGGAGCUCGGAGGCCCGAGGGCGACGGAAAAGACGCCGCGGUGGCGCUGUCUGCGCCGACUGCUUUCAACGGGGGCGUCCGUGUGGCUGGAGCGGCGGUUGGCCCACAGACUGCGCACGCCGCUGCCUCCCGUGCAAAAGAAGAGCCGAUUCCAAAAAUAUGGCUUCUUCAGGGUCUUGCCGGCAGAAAGCGCGACGGACGGCGCGGAAGCGGCGGUCAAGCUCGUGUGACUCCCGAUGUUCCCGCGGAGAGCCUGACACUUCUCGCUGACGGCAACUCCGCCCUUGGUGUCCUUUGCCGCGCCAAGUAAGGCAAAAGCGUUUCUGGCUCCGAGGUGCGGGCCCUUCGCUCGCUGCCGUAACCGAGCCGCCGCCGAGCCCCUUUCGGGCCGAUCCGUACGAAGGAGCGCCGACGGCGAGUGGCAAGUGGCAUCCGUGUUGCCAACGCUGAGGUGGUCGCCGGCCACUGGGAAGUACGACGCCUCUUCGGAAGAAAAAAAAAGGGGGGUCAGGCUCUGGAAAGAGGACAUCGAUGGUUUGAAAGUGGAGGCAGGCCAGGAGGCUUCCGACACCGCCGAUCUCCCACGAUACAAAGGCGUCCUUU